AUGCUUUCUUUACCAAUUAUGGGUCAGGCCAUUGAUCCAUUAGCACAACUAAUGGAGACUGCAUACAUUGGCAAUUUGGGUUCCGUGGAAUUGGCUUCAGCUGGUAUUUCAAUGAACAUCUUUAAUUAUAUCUCAAAGACAUUUAAUAUCCCUCUCCUCAGUGUUGCUACAUCUUUUGUUGCUGAAGACCUUGCUAAGAGUGAAAGUAAAGACGGCAAUACUAAUGGUAAACCCAAACCUGUUGAUGGAGUCGUUGAGAGAAAGCAGCUAUCUUCAGUGUCUACAGCUUUACAGUUAGCAGUUGGGAUUGGAAUCUUUGAGGCCAUGGCUCUGUCUUUGGGAUCUGGGUUGUUUCUAAAUAUGAUGGGCAUAUCAUCAGACUCACCUAUGCGCAUUCAAGCACAACGAUUUCAUCAACUAAGAGCAUUUGGUGCUCCCGCAGUUGUAGCAUCUUUGGCUCUUCAAGGAGUUUUCCGUGGAUUUAAGGAUACAAAAACUCCAGUACUAUGUCUAGGUAUUGGUAAUUCGUUAGCUGUGUUUUUGUUGCCCCUCCAUAUUUAUUAUUUUCGUUUGGGUGCAACUGGUGCAGCCAUUUCCACUGUUAUAUCUCAAUACACUGUCACCUUUUUAAUGAUCUGGUUUCUAAAUAAGAGAGCUAUACCAUUGCCUCCGAAGGUUGGAUCACUACAAUUUGGUGGAUACCUUAAAUCCGGUGGUUUUCUUCUUGGACGAACUGUUGCUUGUCAUACGACCUUGACAUUGGGAACAUCAAUGGCGGCUCGUCAAGGUCCAGUAGCUAUGGCUGCUCAUAAGAUAUGUAUGUAUCAAGUAUGGUUGGCUGUAUCCCUUCUAACUGAUGCAAUGGCUGCAUCUGGUCAGAUGGUAGUGGGGGCAUUAUCUUCCGCAUUUUUGCUAUAUGCUCCUUCCAUCUUUGGCCUUCAUGGAGUUUGGCUGGGUUUGACUCUCUUCAUGGGCUUGCGCGCAGUCGCAGGCUAUGCCAGAUAUCUGUCAAAAUCAGGCCCGUGGUGGUUCGUGCACAGGGAUUUCCAGACAGCUCAGGUUUUAGAAUGUGCCUAAAACUGCAUGAUCCACUUCUUUUCCCAGCUAGCCACUUGAGAUUGGCAAAAUCAAUUCGAUUGAAUGACAUCAUAGGCCGAGUAUCUCCCACAAGCCGAAGAGAGGUUUCAGCUGCGAAUUGCGCAUUUGUUUCAAUAUUUGUAUUACAUGAUUAUACGUUUUUAUAUUCAUUGAUAAUUUUUAGGUACGAAAAACAGACAUGAAUAUUCCUUAGUAUAUAUUCUUGUAAAUUACAGUUUACCAUACUUUAACCGCAAUCC